UAUCACGAAUAAUGAUAAUGUGGUAAUUAAGCCAAGCGUGAACUGGGAAUUGUGGAUUAUGUUCAGCGGGAUUUUUAGUUUCCGGGGAUUUCCAGGUGAUGAUUUUUUUAGGAAAGUUGCUGUGCGGUUGUGGUACCAAGUAUGUGGUGAGAAGAGGCGGCACCAUGGGGUCUUCGUUGAGUACUGUGAGACCUGAGGAGCUCGUGGAUUUCAGGAAACUGAACACUUCCAUCGAAAAUGUGGAAGUGCCCGCACGACCGGAAAAUAGGACUGUGACGGAUAAGAAAGGAUUCGUUAUUUUUGGAAUUGCCAUACUGAUUUUGAUACCUUUCCUAGUGUACACCUUGGUCAAUGCGGAUUCUAGACACCUAACUCACUACAGUGACAACUGCGGAAACUUCUGUGGACUCAAAAACCCCACAAUCGACGGUGUUCCUUGCUCUGGUCAAGAUUUCACACUUAAUAGAUAUGUCAAUGAAAAACGUGAAUGUGUUUCACAAAAUCAAUUCGAGAACAAAUUGAGCGUGCUACAACCGACGAACGAUUUCUGGAAUGAGGAAAAUCAAUUUCGGGCAAAUAGCUUUGAUAUAUCGAAGGUUUUCACGACCAAGAACAGCAUUUGGUGGAGGUACCUCUUGGCGAUAUUCUUUACAAUCGCUUUAGGUGUAAUCACACUGGUACUGUUGAGGUUUGCUCCAGCUCCAUUUGUGUGGGGAAUUUUGAUUUUUUCGGUGCUGGUUUUGUUAGCUGCUACAGGAUUUUUAUGGAUUUUGUACUUUCAAAAAUAUGCAAUCUCCCUGCUACCGAUUCUUGUUUGGACAAUUUUUGUUGUGAUAAUACUGAUAAUAUUUAUAGUUAUAUUUAAGAGAGUAGGUUUGGUUAUUCAAUUAUACAAAGAAACAACCAAAGUUCUUGCUGCUAUGCCCCUAGUAGUGUUUUUCCCAAUUUUCACUUCUUUCAUCCAAAUUGUUGUGUUUGUAGCAGCUAUUGUCACCACCUUCCGGAUGUUCUUCUUUCGACAACUCACAAAGCGCGACGAAAAUAUGUACAAGUACGAACUGUCCGCAGUCGCAAUUUUCACAAUCAUUUUCAAUAUAAUCGUUGCCAGUUGGGCUAUGCGAUUUGUGGCAGGAAUUCAGUAUAUGACCAUCUCUGGAGGUGUGGCACGGUGGUACUUUUCCAAAAAUAAAGAUCAGUUAGAUUCUCCAGUUUGGUCUAGCUUUAAAGUUACAGUGAGGUACCAUCUCGGUACUAUCGCUUUUGGGUCUUUCUUGCUGACGCUGUUCGCCGUAGUGAAAGCGCUUCUGAAGAUGUUUUUCAGAAAUGCGUGCUGUAGGUUUUGCAUGCAUUUCUGCUGCAACAAUGUCGAUAUACUUCUCAACUUUUUGUCUGGAAAUUCAUAUAUACAGACAGCAAUUCAUGGACAGUCUUUUCUGAGAUCGGCCAAACGUGCUACAAAAUUACUUCUAGCAAAUAUUGGCAACAUUUUCGCUAUAAACUGUGUUGGAGAUUUUAUUUUGGCAAUGAUUAUAAUGCUUAUCACUCUACUCGCCACAGCAGUUUCCUUUGCGCUCUUUAUGGAUGUGGGUCCGGCGGGAAUACAAGGUACUGUCACGUGUUUCAUAAUAAAUUUGGUCAUUGUUUACAUAAUAUUUGGCACUUUUCAAACCAUAAUUGAUAGUCUCUUCAUAUGCUUUUGUGAGGAUUCAGUCAUGAAUGACGGUAUAUCAAGACCAUACUAUAUGUCUCGAGGUCUGAUGGAGUUUAUAGAAAAUGCGAAAAAGGCACAAGGGCAACAACUUACACAUUAAAAUACUUCCUACUAGCCUUUCUUCUCCUGAUAUAUGUAUAAUUUACCUUUUAGGCCGCAGCUACAUAUUUUAUGAUUAAUUUAUGUCCAGAUCUACCUCGUCUCUAUUUAAUAAACAAGCACAUGUACGUUUAUGAAUUAGGUAUGUACUUAAAUACAUAUUUCAUAUCUGACAUCGAUAUUAUUAUUAAUAUUAUUAAUAUUGUUAAUGUAUGUAAUUUUGAACAUGUUCAAACCGAGAGAGCAAUGAAACAUGCAAUCAAAGACAAAUUUUCACAAAUCGAUGGCUGUUUUUGGUCGUGUUUUUUUGC